AUGAAUGCUAAGGUAGUUCAUCUAAUACCUGCUAUUAAAAUGCCAAAUGAUCCAAAAAAUCUUGUUUUAAAUGAAGAUGGAGAAAAGGAAUGGAAUGAAUAUGAACAAAAAAUACUUGAAGAAAAGUUAAAAAGUGAAGGGAAUAAUAUUAGUACUAUUCUAAGACUUGUAGGUCUAUUAAAUGGAAGAACUAUUCAACAAAUUACUACAAGAGCAAAUUGGACAUUAUUACCUGAUUCAGAAAAAAUUCCUUAUGAAAUGUAUAAGAGAAAAGAAGGAAAAAUAGAAACACAAGUUACAUUACCAAGUACUAUGAAAGUUUCUGAAAUUCAAAAAAAGAAAAAAUCUAAACAUAGACAUUAUUCUGCUUAUGAAGGAAGUGAUAUACAAUCAAUUCAACGUCAAAGAAGAAGAUCUAUGUCAAGAGAUCUUUUUAAACCUGGAACAAUUCUUAAAACUGGAUUAAGUCAUUCAUAUCAACCUAUUAUUAUAAAUCAACAACUUGCUUGUUUAAGUUCAAAUCAUGAAAGUGAUCAAGCUUCUCCAAGAGUUACAUCUGUUUCUCCAAAUAUUGGAUCUAUGUCAAUAGAUAUGCAUAGUGUAUCAACAGAAAAAACUGAAAAUCAAAUUGAUUUAAAUCAAGUUAUUUCUAUUAUUCAAGAAAAUGAAAAUUAUUUAAAAAUGAUUGAACUUGCAUUAGAAAAUAAUACUCCUAUUCAAGCUGAAAUAUUUUUAUUAUUACAACAUAACAUGAAUAAUCUCUUAUUACUUUCUAAUUCUAUUGCUCAACCAACUCCUUUACCUUUAUUUUCUAAACAAUUAUUAUUACCUAAACAAUUAAAAGCAUUAGGAAUGAAUGAUUUUAUUCAAUCCCCUUCAUAUUUAACAUUAAUUCUUUAA